AUGGCCGCAAACAUCCAUGCUUUUCCGCUGACGGCAAUUGACCGCGAGAUACUUGCCAUGAAGGAUGAGGACUUUUCGUUGGUUACAUGGGAGGAACUCAAAGAAAUCAUCGCUGCCAAUCGCCUGGAGAAGUUGAAGCGUCGUCCUUCCGACCUUCGUCGCUAUAUUGCAUGGUCUUCAGAGACAAAGGCAGAGUACGGCACCAUCACGAACUUCGUUGUUCAGAAGCGCCUACACUGGACUCCAUUGCCCUCUUCGACUCCCGGUGAUCCUCCGGCAUUUGUAUUCCGUGACCCUACCCCAUUCAAGAUCCAAGACGACUUUAGGAUUCUCAAGAACGACUGGCCGUAUGGACUGGACAAAGGCAUCGUUCACAUCUGCGUCUGGGCAAAAACACCUAUCGAAACUGACCCCGAUACUGGUGAUGUCACCGACCACUCUAGGUUACUGAUUGAGGACUUUGUCAACAACACUUUCGCAGUCAAACUGGACUCUGUCUUUGGCACAGGCAAAGGCAGGGAUCACGUUCUCUGGUUCAAGAAUUGGGUUGCGCUGCAGAGCGUCCGUGGCGUUGACCACAUUCACGUUUUAGUUCGUGACGCCCCAGAAGACAUGCUGGACUCUUGGAUAAAGGAGCCUUGA